AUUUACAAGUCCAAAAUUGUUGUCUCUCUAAACCUUCACGAGGCAGCAAGCAGUUAAGUCACUGCUUGCAUGAGCGAAAUGCAGUAGUGAUAAUAAUUGUAAAUAGCAGGCAAUCUUGUUAUCAAUAAGUUCAUGCUUAUCCGUUCAGGUUGAUUCAUCGUUUUACUGACUGAUUGAAGUGAUCUUCACAUUUUACGAUUCUCAUUUUACGAUUCCAGUUUUAUGUCGAAAUCGUAUCACUGUGUGUGUUCGUGUCGUCGACGUCGUCGGAUUAUGAAAUUUUUUUAAAUGAUCAACCAGAAAUUAUUGCAUACCACAUCAUCAUCAUCAUCAUCGUCAAUCAGCAGCGUCUCUAGUGUCCGGACUUUGUUCUCCAAAAUGCGACCAGUGAGAAAUAAGACGAGAAUGGAAAUAGCCAUCCACUUUAUUCCUUCUCUGACACGAAGAGGAAUCAACAUCUGCUCCUCCUAACUUUCGUGGAUAAUUAAUUAUAUUUUUAAAAUUUAAAAGUUUUGGUUAAAAUUUGUUCAAUUUAUCGUCAUCGUUUGGACUUGGAUCAGUUUGGAGGACUUAAUUUUGGAACUUACUUACUUUGGGUGUGGUGAAGAACGGAUAUCAAAAAACGAGGCGGAUAAGCAGCAGGCAAAAUAAUGUUGAAACUGCCAAAACUCCGUCGAAGCCAUCGUCAUAUUCCGGAGGGGUUUCAUUUCUUACUGGAAGGACAACCCCACCCUUUACUCAUUCCGUCGAUAAUCGAGGAAGUCGCCUCCUACCUGACCUUACCCGAUCUCAAGACAUUUCGCCAAGUGUGUAAAUCCUGGGAGAAUGAGUCGACAAAGAAGAUUCUUCACAUCUCAAAAGUUGUCAUCGUUGAUGAGGAAGGGCUCGUCAAGUUCACCAAACUUUGUCACCACAUUACGCCAAAGUCGAGACAAAACAUGAAUUACGAACUUCGUGGAGACAUUGAUCUGGGAUCUCUCAGUGCUACAAAGUUUUUCAAAGUGUUUGGUGAACGGAUAGAAUUUAUCUAUCUCAAUCGAGUCAGAUGGACGGAUGGUGAACUAAAGUGCAUUCUUUUCACUCGCCUCCCAAACCUGCAUACGUUCGCCGUGGAAGCUAGAGCGUACUCGGAUCGUCGUUUAUUUGUUGACGACCGAUAUGAAGUACUCCCCAAUAUCAAGGUGUUAAAGUUAAACGUGUUCUCAUUUAUCACGGAGUUGACAACCCCAUUUUUACGGGAUCUACUUAAAGCGUGUCCGAAUUUGGAGACGCUGUCCAGUAUCCGAACCGAGAAAAGAAACCAUCUCCCCAUGCAGUUUAUCCAGUACGUGUGCCAAGAGAUGAGUUAUGACACGGCGGAUGAUGUGGUGAACAUGCCGUAUAAUGCGGACAUUGCGAUCGCUGAGGCACUAAUUGACACGAAGGAUGUUAGUUUGCCAAAGUUAAAAAUUUUGGACACGAAUAUGCGCCUACGAGGGCCUGGACUACAACAGUUGGGUCUCAAAAUGUUCCCCAUUAAACAGUUGGACUUGACCUUGCUGAGUGAUGUGGGUACUCGCGCGUUGCAAGAUGUGUUGACCAGUUUGGAAAAUAGUUUGCAAAUUUUGAAACUGAAAUUUCAUCCGAGAUGUCACGCAGCAGAUGAGUUGGAAGCCAUUCCACCCUUGAAAAAUCUCACUCACCUCACGCUAAAUGGGUAUCGAAAUUCCUUAAAAUUUUUGGAAAUCCUGCCCGCCUUAAAAUUUCUCUGCUUGGUGCGACUCCGGUUCAGCAAAUCCAUUUCGGAUAAGAGUAUUGCAAUCCAAGGACGAGGAGGAAAAUUAGGCUCGAAAGUGGAGUGUUUAGAAGUGCAUGAAGAUUUUUCCAGAAAGUGUACAAAGACAGAAAUUGCCACAAUGAAACGCUUGUUCCCUGACCUCAAACGGUUAAAACUGGAAAACUUGACGGACGACGGGCUGAGUGCAAUUUUUAUGAGUUACCCUCACCUGGAAGGGUUGGAUGGGAUGAAUGGGUGUUACUCAGAUUCUGGGAUUUUGGGGGGUGACGUACCCACACUUGAAUGCGACGUUUUGAACGAUGGAGGAUGUGAUGAUUACGACAAUAAUAUGGAAGGCGAGAGUGAUGAAAGCUAUGCCUGUCAUUAUCCUCGCUUGCCUUCAAUUUCGGAUUUAAAAGAAUUGCGCAGCCUAUCUCUCGCAUCGCCAAAUCUGACAGACAAAUCCAUCAUUCAUGGCGUAGUGCAUUGUCGCAACCUUAGAAAACUGCACUUGCUCUCCAGUUGUAUUACUGACUCAUCGAUCUUAAGAAUCCUGGACGAACUUGAUCUCUUCAACUUUAAAACAGAGUACUGUUUCCAAGUGUCAAAGCAAACUGUAGACUACGCUAAGAAAAAAAUGAGGGGUAGACAAGUUAGCAUUAAUGAAUAUGGGGGGCCACUCAAGCAGAGCGAAAUUCCAAACUUUAUGCGACGGAAUGGAUCCUCUUAUGUCCUCAUGAAGAAAAUUGAACCCCAAGAAAUGAUCUUACCACAACGGUGACGCCGUUAUAAAUUUAGCCGUUAUAAAUUUAGCCGUAUAAAAACUUAUAACUGAAUGGUCUCGAAUCUAGCUAAACAAUAAUUAUUAUGAUUAUUAUUAGUGCAUCGUGAUUUUUUUACGUGUUCAGUCAACUAAUUCAGCAGCCUUUAACAAUUAUUACUACAUAGUACAUACAUACGUCAUGUCAUGAUACGCCAUGUUCCAAUCAAACUAUGCAAAUUAUCGUGCCCACCUUCAACAAAACUGUUAUUCUUACAACAUCGCAUGUAAUUUCUUAGCCUUAUUAGUGUUAGUGUUAUAAUGUGGUAUAUGUAACCCAUAGGGUUUAGUUUAUAUUGGUAUGAUGAGUUUUUUUAUACGAGUUGUUGCUUGUUGUAAUCUUGUGAUAACUAUUCAACUAAUUUUAUUUUUUAGACUUUCGGGUGUAGACAGUACGGGUUAUGGUUUUUGGUAAUGGUUUAUGUCGGUCAAAGGUUAUAGAAUUAAUUAUUAUAUUGUUAUAAUCAGAACAGAAUCAAUUUUUGUACAAAUGGUAAUUAUAGAAAGCUUUAUGAAAUCCACGCUUAUUGCGUUAUAUUUAUCUCAUCCGUUAAUUUCAAAAUUUAGUCAGCAAAAAAAUGUCCCGUAAUUACGAGUUGCAAUAUUAUUGAUUAUGAUAUAUUUUCCUAAAAAAACUGUGAUUGUUUUCAAAGAAAAGGUCUAACUAAACAUAUUUGUGUUUUCAUGAUUGGUUGAUGUAAUAAUGUUUUAAAAUUAUAUAACGUCGUGGUCGAUUAUGUGCCUUUGUUGGUUUUGUUUGUGUAUUCAAAUAAAUUCAGAUGUACUUAAUUA